AUGUGUGACCCAAUUGUCCUUUGGUCAGUCUAUUUUCAUGCUGGAUCACAUUUAACUUGUUCAGUACAAGGCAAGGUUUCUCUAACUCUUUCUGCCCCAGUCAACACAUCAAGUGUUUCUGCAUAUUAUUCCUAUUGCACUAGUGCACUAGCUCAUAACUGGGAGACUGACCGUAGUGCACUAGCUCAUAACUGGGAGAUGGGCCGUAGUGCACAAGCUUAUAACUGGGAGACUGACCAUAGUGCACUAGCUCAUAACUGGGAGACUGACCGUAGUGCACUAGCUCAUAACUGGGAGACUGACCGUAGUGCACUAGCUCAUAACUGGGAGACUGACCGUAGUGCACUAGCUCAUAACUGGGAGACUGACCAUAGUGCACUAGCUCAUAACUGGGAGACUGACCGUAGUGCACAAGCUUUUAACUGGAAGACUGACCGUAGUGCACUAGCUUAUAACUGGAAGACUGACCGUAGUGCACUAGCUCAUAACUGGGAGAUGGGCCGUAGUGCACAAGCUUAUAACUGGAAGACUGACCGUAGUGCACAAGCUUAUAACUGGAAGACUGACCGUAGUGCACUAGCUCAUAACUGGGAGACUGACCGUAGUGCACUAGCUUAUAACUGGGAGACUGACCAUAGUGCACUAGCUCAUAACUGGGAGAUGGACCAUAGUGCACAAGCUUAUAACUGGAAGACUGACCGUAGUGCACAAGCUUAUAACUGGAAGACUGACCGUAGUGCACUAGCUCAUAACUGGGAGACUGACCGUAGUGCACUAGCUUAUAACUGGGAGACUGACCGUAGUGCACUAGCUCAUAACUGGGAGACUGGGCCGUAG